AUGGGCAUUGUAGCUAGGAGGGAAGAAAGCCUUCCCAAACUCAAUGAGGAUAUUAUAAAGUGGAAAGAAAAUCUCAUUGAGAACACUAGCCCUGAAAUUUUUAACAAUAUAGUUAAAGAUAUCAGAACCAAAGUAGACAAAAUUGAAAAUAUGGUCAUAGAAACUAAAAAAAGGAAAUACCUUAGAGAUGUCAAUGACUAUAAAACAGGAAAUGUGAGAAAACAGAACAAGAAUGGAAAAACAAGAGAAAGAAGUCCUCAUAGAAAUAGGAAUGAUAGAGUGAGACGAUACUCUGGAUAUGACAAACAUACACCCCAACAUAAAAAAAUGGGAGAUUAUAGAGAGAGAUCUUUACCAAAAUAUAAGAAUACCCAUUGGGAACCUAACACCCAAGGACAACGUCGUAACAUCUAUCGGGAACCAAACACCCAAGGGUUAAGAAAAUAUACAUAUAAUGAUGACAAAAGAAGUUACAGCUCAGUAGUCAAAAAUGGAAUAUCAAGGAAACCCACUAUAAAUGGAGAAAAGACAACUGAAAAUAGGAGAAACAAAGAUUCAGGAACCACACUCACUGUCGGAAAAUAUGCACAACCGAGACCUGAUUCAACCCCAGCAGAGAUAGCAUCCUCUUCCUCUUCGUUUUUUCGAAAGGACCCAAUCAACAACAGACUACAGUGGCCCCAGAAGACUCUCCCCCAAGAAUCACCUGGGAAAAGACAGAGAAUCAUAGAAGAAGAAGAAGAAGAAGAAGAACUCCAUUACAGGGAGAAGCGAAACAGGAAACGGAUGUAA